AAAUAGACCAAACAGGGGAUUUAGACAUGAAUUUAGAAAUCUCUUUAUAGUGGCAAAUUCGUUUUACUUCAGUCUCAUGGAAGCCUUUCAGAGCGUAAUCCAAAAACAUCCCUCUGGAAUCUCCCAAAUAACUUUACUAAUCCUAAUUUGCACACGAGAAGAUACGCGGACGUCACAGAAGCUGAACCUAAAGGUCAUAAAGGGUCAGCUAAAGACUAAACUGAGAGAAAAGGUAAAAUAACACUGAAAAGAAUUAUGAAGUCCUCAUGAAAAAACGCAAACACACAAUCGUAUCGAUUAUCCUCAUCUAUGCUACUUCCUGCUGUUUAUUUGAAUCUCUUAAUUCAACUCCUAGCGAGGAUGUAUUCAACUUUGAUGCUUUAAAACGUAGCUAAGUUUAACAGAAUCUGCAAAAAUGAGCAUGUUAACAAGAGCCAUAGCCUAUUUUUGUCAUUCUACUAUUUUUAUUCUAGUAAAUGUUUAAACUAUUUUCAUUCAAUUCAGUAACCUUUCAAAAUCGCAUUUAAACGUACUUCAGUGGAUCCUUAGCAUUACUAAACUGAAUCUAACAUGCUCAUAAACCUGUAAAUUCCUACAAAUAACAUUUGUCGUUUGAUCCAGUAGAUAAUGUCAGUAAUCCCUGAGCUUUAUCAGCCACUACUGUAUCAAACCCUUUCAUGCUGCUCUUGAAAUUGAGUUUUAAGGCACAACCUUAGAGAUGCCAUCCUGAUUUCAUAUUAAUUCACUCCAACUGUUAGCACGCAGGGAGCUCUUCCCAGCUAUUUGUCCUGGAGGAGCCCAGGGUGCCCUUUUGAUCAUUUCAAUCUCUCUCUGGUACAAUAGUUCUGAUUGGCUGAACGAGUAAGAAAAGGGAAAAUCUUUAAUUAAGCAGAUAAUCUCUUGUUGGGAUGAGAGGAGCUCCAUUUCAGAACCCCCUUGGCUCACACAUGAGACCCCCAGCCUCUGAAUUCUGGAUGUAGGUUAUAUAGAGCUCUUGCAGACCCCUCUGCUUUCCAAGGUGAAGAAAAGUCUUCCAGUCGUCUCUCUCAGGAUGUUCAUGCAUUUGGAGGUUUAUUAUUACGCUUUCAUUCUGAUGGCUCACAUGAAGUCUUGCUGCUGUUGGUCAGUGAAUAAUUUCCUGAUGACUGGCCCAAAGGCCUACUUGAUCUACUCCAGCAGUGUGGCCGCAGGAGCUCAAAGUGGGAUUGAAGAGUGCAAGUAUCAGUUUGCGUGGGACCGCUGGAACUGCCCGGAGAGGGCUCUUCAGCUCUCCACCCACAGUGGACUCAGAAGCGCAAACAGAGAGACAGCAUUUUUCCAUGCCAUCAGCUCUGCUGGAGUCAUGUAUACCCUCACCAGGAAUUGCAGCCUCGGUGACUUUGACAACUGUGGAUGUGAUGACACCAGGAACGGCCAACGAGGUGGUCAGGGAUGGCUAUGGGGAGGCUGCAGCGAUAAUGUUGGAUUCGGAGAGGCCAUCUCCAAGCAGUUUGUGGAUGCACUGGAAACCGGACAGGAUGCGCGAGCCGCCAUGAACCUGCACAACAACGAAGUAGGACGCAAGGCAGUGAAAGGAACCAUGCAGAGGACGUGCAAGUGCCAUGGAGUGUCUGGCAGCUGCACCACUCAGACCUGCUGGCUGCAGUUGCCCGAGUUUCGAGAGGUGGGCAACUACCUAAAGGAGAAAUAUCACAGGGCCGUGAAGGUGGACCUGUUGCGCGGCGCGGGGAACAGCGCGGCCAGCCGUGGGGCGAUCGCCGAGACCUUCAGCUCGAUCUCGCGCAAAGAGCUGGUGCAUUUGGAGGAUUCCCCUGACUACUGCUUGGAGAACCGCACCCUGGGCUUGCCAGGAACAGAGGGCCGUGAGUGCUUGAGGAAAGGCAAGAAUCUGAGCAAAUGGGAGAAGCGGAGCUGCAAGCGGCUGUGUGGAGAGUGUGGCCUGGCUGUGGAGGAACGCAGGGCUGAGACCGUGUCCAGCUGCAACUGCAAAUUCCACUGGUGUUGCGCUGUAAAAUGCGAGCAGUGCCGCAAAACUGUCACAAAGUACUACUGUGUGAAGAAAACCAAACGGGUCAAGAACGACAGUGCUAGCCGUAGGAAAAGCUAUCGGUUGAAGAAGAAGCACUAGAGAUGCCAUGAACUGUUUGUUACGGUGGUCCAGAAGUUUUUGUCUCAGAAUACAUCCUGAGCUUGAGAAUGAAGUGAGCUCAAAGGUCCAUCUGAAUGCUUUAAUGAACACCUACACUCUUAAAAAUAAAGGUUCUUAAUUGGCAUCUAUGGUUCCAUGAAGAACCUUUAACAUCCAUUGAACCUCUCCAAUGUUCUUCAUACCAACAAAAAAGGGUUCUUCUAAGAACUGUUCACUGAAAGGUUCUUUAGAACACCAAAAUGAGUCUUCCAUGGAAUUGGAACCGUUAUUUUAAGAAUGUAGAUCUCCAGAGCUGUUAUUUUGAACGCAUUGAUGUAGUAUUUCACUUAAGCAUUUCACAAUUAUUCCCAUAUACAUUUGUAAGAUAGCACUGAACACCGCAUCUAACCGAUAUAUAGCACAAUAGACUGUAAAUAACCUUUUCAUUCAUCAGCAAGGAUGUACUUUGAUGGAUAAUUUAUUGGGAUUAUCAUUUUUAAAGGGGUUUUGAAUUCACUAUCAGGCCACUUCUCCAGCUGCCAUAAGAAUCAUUUCUUGCCUAUUUUUUUCUUGUCUGUUUCCAUCUGUUUUAGAAUUCUGACAAUAGUUUUACCCUGAUACUGUAUAUGAACUGUAAAUAAGAGGAAGCACUUUGUAUAUUGUUAAUUUAUUGCACAGAUACUAUAGUGCUGUUUUUCUAUGAUAGUUUCUUUCUGUGUUUUU